CCAGAGAGAAAACGCCUGACCCGGGCCCGGCCUCCGCUGCACGCUCUCCCCGGUGGCUCGUCCGCCCCGCGCCGUCCGCCACCUGCGCGUCCCUCCGCCCGUUCCGGGCUCCCAGCCCGGUCCGCCAUGCGGCUUCUGCCCGCGACCUCCGGCGGGCCCUCGGGGAGCCCUGCGCCGCUGCUCCUGCUGCUGCUGGGCGGCUGCCUGGAGGUGUCCAGGGGAACGGCGGGCUCGCGGAGGCCCAACGUGGUGCUGCUGCUCACCGACGACCAGGACGCGGUGCUCGGCGGCAUGACACCACUGAAGAAAACCAAGGCUCUCAUUGCAGAGAUGGGGAUGACUUUUUCCAGUGCUUACGUGCCGAGCGCGCUCUGCUGCCCCAGCAGGGCCAGCGUCCUGACGGGCAAGUACCCCCACAACCACCACGUGGUGAACAAUACGCUGGAGGGCAACUGCAGCAGCCGCGCCUGGCAGAAGGUCCAGGAGCCCAGCACCUUCCCAGCCAUCCUCAGAUCCAUGUGUGGUUACCAGACCUUUUUUGCAGGGAAAUACUUAAAUGAGUAUGGAGCCCCGGCUGCGGGUGGCCUGGAGCACGUCCCCCUGGGCUGGAGUUACUGGUUUGCCUUGGAAAAGAAUUCUAAAUACUAUAAUUACACCCUUUCCAUCAAUGGGAAGGCCCGGAAGCACGGAGCGAACUACAGCGUGGACUACCUCACAGACGUGCUGGCUAACGUCUCCUUGGACUUCCUGGACUACAAAUCCAACUCGGAGCCCUUCUUCAUGAUGAUUGCAACUCCAGCGCCUCACUCACCCUGGACCGCCGCACCGCAGUACCAGAAGGCUUUCCAGAACGUCUUCGCGCCAAGAAACAAGAACUUCAACAUCCAUGGAACGAACAAGCACUGGUUAAUUAGGCAAGCCAAGACACCGAUGACUAAUUCUUCAAUACAGUUCUUAGAUGAUGCAUUCAGGAAAAGGUGGCAAACUCUGCUCUCAGUUGACGACCUAGUGGAGAAGCUGGUCAGGAGGCUGGAGUUCACGGGGGAGCUCAACAACACGUAUAUCUUCUACACCUCAGACAAUGGCUACCACACAGGACAGUUUUCUUUACCAAUAGACAAGAGGCAGCUGUAUGAGUUUGAUAUCAAAGUUCCGCUGCUGGUGCGGGGGCCUGGGAUCAGACCGAACCAGACAAGCAAGAUGCUCGUUGCCAACAUUGACUUGGGCCCCACCAUCCUGGACAUCGCUGGCUACAGCCUGAGUAAGACGCAGAUGGAUGGAAUGUCCUUAUUGCCUCUCUUGAGAGGUGCCAGUAAUGUGACCUGGAGGUCAGACGUCCUGGUGGAGUACCAAGGGGAAGGCCGCAACAUCACGGACCCAACAUGCCCUGCCCUGAGUCCUGGCGUCUCUCAAUGUUUCCCAGACUGCGUGUGUGAAGACGCUUACAACAACACCUACGCCUGUGUGAGGACGGUGUCGGCCACGUGGGACUUGCAGUACUGCGAGUUUGACGACCAGGAGGUGUUUGUAGAAGUCUAUAACCUGACUGCAGACCCAGAUCAAAUCACUAACAUUGCUAAGAGUAUAGACCCAGAGCUUUUAGGAAAGAUGAACUACCGGCUGAUGAUGCUACAGUCCUGCUCUGGGCCAACCUGUCGCACGCCAGGGGUGUUUGACCCGGGGUACAGGUUUGACCCUCGCCUCAUGUUCAGCAGUCAUGGCAGCAUCAGCACACGAAGGUUUCCAAAACACCUCCUGUAGCAGCCGAGCCCAGCCUCGUGGUGGGACCCAGCGUGGCUCCUGAUGACGUGACCGUAGUGGGCAUCUGUGGCUGGUCUUCAGGACCAGGCCUGCGAGAGUUUCCAGACUGGCUUUUUUUAAGUACCCCAAUCAGCUGACCCUGUGCAGUGCAUUCAACUGUGAACUCUGCCCGCGUGUCAGGAGUGGCUGUCCUGGUCUCGGCCUUGAGGUCGUCUGUUUUCACCAUAUCCCUCUGUCCUGGUACCCCAGUUCCUGAUUAUUCUCCAUGUGGUCAAAGUCUGAAUUUGUAAAUCCACAUUCAGAUAAAUAGCAAUACUUGAGGGCAAAACAAAACACACAUACAAAAAACCACCCCACGUUUUGGUAAAUAUCUUGACCUGCAUAGCAUUUCAGAUUGAGCACAUCACUAUCAAACGUCACAUGGCCUGAAGAGUAACCAUCAGAGCUCGAGGCAUCCACAUAAGCGCAGGCACCAUUGUUCUAAUAAAUAAAUAAGGACCCGUCACGGCAGCAACGGAACGUGACAGCCAAGCUCGGUUCCAUUCUGGGAAUUUGAGGUUGGUGCUGCUCUUAACCAAGUGAGCAGUGGGAGACGCUGACAGUGACCACCAUCCACAUUCCCGCUGCCAUGCUAGAAAACUGAGGAGGUGGCUCUGCUCUUGAGACUUUCCCCUCUGAAAGCUGAAAAGUACGUGGCUUAGGAAGACCCAUAGGGGAGACCUGCCCAGGGUUGGGUGUUCUAAGGGCCUCGGGGUUUUGAAGGCCUGUCCCUGGGCAGAGGAGGCUGGUGCAUGCCCAGCAGGGAGCCCGGUUGUGCCCCGUGCGGUCAUUUUGACUCCAUGUGCGUCCUGGUGUCCUGGUCUUCAGGUUGUGAACCUUUCUUACAGUCGAUGCCAAGUGUCAGCUGUUUUACCCACCACCUCUGCCCUAGAGUUAAGCUCCUCCUGAGGUUACAGAGUUUAACUGGGGCCCCAUUCAGUAUUCCCAUCAAAAUCAAGUCUGUUCAGGUUUCCUCACCAUUUACAACAUCUACGCUUUGAUGUUUCUUGGCUUAAAACCAGUUCCAUUCCAGUUCUCCUUUCACGAGAAAGCUAAUUGGUGGUUAGACAGCAGGAGAGAAAGAAGACCUGUGGUUUAAAACGUGUUCAACUCAGGCACUAGCAAUCUUAGCUUUAUUUAAGGUCUUCUGUUCAGCUUUAAGCACUUUGUAAGACAUAAGCAUACGUAGCUUUCCUAUCAGAAUCCCAGAUAGCCAUGUGGGUUAAUAGCCAGUGCGUGUAUUCCUUUACCUCCUAUGAGCCCAGCAACUGUGGUGGUGUCUAGAAGUGAAAUACAGCAAGUGAAUAAAAGUCUCUGCUGUGAAUGUUGUAGAGAAAUUCUCAAAAUUUUGUAACUAAAAGCAAACUAUAUUGAAUAUGGGUAUCAGCUUCCUUCUCCACCCUGAUUCUAACAUCAUCAGUCAACUUCCAUGUUAAUGAGUUGACCCUAGUUUUUCCCAAAUAAAAAAACCAACUCCUACCAGGUCUUGAAGGGUGACGUCACGUUACUCAAUUGUGUGGUGCUGGUUCCUGACCGCAGGCAGAGGCCCAGCCGGCGGCCCCGGCACUUAGGCCACGCUCCGUCAAGCUGGUGUGUCUGGGUGCCGGGAUGUGUGAGCACCUCCUUGUAACCCUUCUAUUCUGGGUACAUUUUCUACCUAACCUUGAAUAGCCUAAUUUUACUUUUUCUCUUGAACUGGCUUCAUUCUGGAUCUGUGGUAAAAACUUCCAUAAAGAGACCUCAACUUACAACCUCACAGACUCCACAGUGCUCUGACAUCUUCAGAGCGCUUGUGGGUGAGGGCCACUUGCAGUCAUUUGCAUUUGGAUCCUUUUCCCUUUCAAGAGGGUCAGGCCUGUGUCUGUCGGUGUCAGAGCCGAGAACCACAUACACAUCAGCAAUGAGCAGAGGGCUUAGGAACAGACAGACUUGCCUUAGAAGAUUCCUGUUGCAGAAGCUCUUUUUCACAUACAAAGUAGGAACACCAUUUGAGCAUCUUUGCAUUUGACACUGGUGCUGUUGCAAACAUCUUAAUUGACAACACUAGGGUUCUAGUACAAAAUAGUAAUGACAGCCAUGGAAAUUAAUCUGUAAGAAAUGUCCUUAAAUCUACUUUAGUGUCUAAAUUAAGGAUUAGUGUUUUAAUAAGUUGUGCCAGGAUCUUUACUAAGAGAAAGCAAAGGGUAUCAACUGGUCCACAGAUAGAAUUAGACUUAUUUGGGUUCUUUGAUUUAAUGCCCCUUAGUUCCUCCCGGUUGUAAAUUCCGUUUGCUUUGUCUGUUCUUGAAUCCACCUGCCCUUCCUCUCUGUCAUCUCAGUCAUUUGACUUAGAAAGUGCCCUUCAAAAGGACCCUGUUCACUGCUGCACUUUUCAAUGAAUUAAAAUUUAUUUCUGUUCUAGUG